UGGUAGGUAGCGCAGCCCGUCACUCGGAAGGCCGGGACCGCCCACUCCACCUCAGUGCCGGGCUCUCUUUCUGCGCAGUUCUCCGCCGCAGCCUCAGCGGGCAAGCGCCGGGGCUGCUCUCAAUCUCCUGGCUGCGAGGAGGCAGCCCCGGCGAGCUGCCGUGCGUCCCGUCCAGAGGAACUGGGCGCGGGGUACAGCGUAACUGACAGCGCGUCUGCUCACAGUUCCUGCCGCCCGGACUUCGCUUUUCAGCCCCCCGGCUUCUCGUGGGCAUCAUGUCCAGAGCCGUCACCGUUGCAACCGCCUCCGCCACCCGGGGAAGAACCGCAGCCUCGGCAGCCGCGCGCGCACGAGGGCAAUAAACCGAAUCACUCCGGGCUCAGAGUGGCAGGGGACCGUCGCAGUGCUCUCUGUUCCGCCGGGUCUCGUACCAUGUGCUGAGCCAUGCCCCUGGCCGCGCUCGCGGGCCGCGUAUGGGGCAGCGCCUGAGCGGCGGCCGGUCCUGCCUCGAUGUCCCGGGCCGGUUCCUGCCGCAGCCGCCGCCGCCUCCGCCGCCGGUGAGGAGGAAGCUCGCGCUGCUCUUCGCCAUGCUUUGCAUCUGGCUGUACAUGUUCUUGUACUCGUGCGCCGGCUCCUGUACUGCCGCUCCCGGCCUGCUGCUCCUGGGCUCGGGGUCCCGCGCCACUCACGCUCAGCCAGCCCUGGUCACUGCUCCGAAUGAGACAUCCCCUAAGAUGCCCUUCCGGGCACCUCCGGCCAACUCACUGGCUGCAGGCAAGGAUAAGACAGUAGGCGCCGGGAGCCAGGAGGAGCAGAGUCCAGAGGCGCCGGACUCCCCCAGUCCCAUCUCCAGCUUCUUCAGCGGCGCUGGGAGCAAGCAGCUGCCGCAGGCCAUCAUCAUCGGCGUGAAGAAGGGCGGCACGCGGGCGUUGCUGGAGUUUCUGCGCGUGCACCCCGACGUGCGCGCUGUGGGCGCCGAGCCCCACUUUUUCGACCGCAGCUACCACAAGGGUCUUGCCUGGUACCGAGACCUGAUGCCCAGAACCCUCGAGGGACAGAUCACCAUGGAGAAGACGCCCAGCUACUUUGUGACCCGGGAGGCACCCGCACGGUGUGUGGAGAUGCCUGCGUGCAAGGUGCUCACUAGCCCGUACUUUGCUGUGCAGAAGGCUGUUUGCCAUCAGAACAAGGGGGCCUCCCCUCACGUCAGCAGAGUCUUGCUCACAGGCAGAGGCAGUUGUCAAAGGCCUUCACCAAGGCUGCUCCCGGAGUCUGAUGGUGUAACUCAUGAAGUAGAAGAGCAAUUCAGAGAAUGGCCCCGUUGCUUGUUGUCCCUGGCUGAUCGGAUGCUGCAUCUGUCCAAGAUGUCGCUUCAUCAUGUGAUAGUCAUUACACACGGCCUCUUCUCGGAGGAGUUAGGGAACAUGGAGAAUUAA